AUGCAUUCGUCUCGCCCGGUGACUCUCUCUCCACACACCACCGUAUCCAUUUAUUUGUCCGGCUCGACUUCUCCCAUCAGAUCUAUCACUAUUCCCUCUCACUCUCGCUUACUCACCGCCCUCAGAGGCUCCGCUCGCUUACUCGUGCGAACGCCCCGCACUGCCAUCGUCCACUCCGCCGUCAAGUACUGCCCACUCACGACCAGCGCGCCUUCCUUCAGCCCCAACCCGAAACCUGAGACUCCGAAGAGCAUCACGGACAUGCCCCACCCUCUCGUGUCUAUCAGCAAGACGCUGGCCGUCACGCCCGUCGCGCGCGUGCGUGGCCUCGAGGCGUUUGUCUCCUCCCACCUCUGGACGCCGUACGGUGCCCGUGGCGUGUUCGGUGGACAAGUCGUUGCGCAGUCGCUCAUGGCGGCUUGCAAGACCGUUGAAGGCAAGGACCUGCACUCCCAGCACUGCUACUUCCUUCUCCCCGCCAACUCCUCCAAGCCGAUCACUUUCACGGUCGAGCGCCUGCGCGACGGCAAGUCGUACGCCACCCGUCUCGUUCACGCUCUGCAAGAGUCUCAGACCGUGUUCAUCCUGAUGGCCUCUUUCACUGCGCCACCGCGCUCCCUUCCAACGCUCGAGAGCGACAAGACGCAGCACAAGGAGCGCGAGGAGCCCAGUAUCGAGGGCGGGCUCAAGUUUGACAUUCCGAACAGCGGCAACUCGGCCCUCCCUCGCGUGUCAUACCCUCUGCCCGAGUUCCGGGCCAAGUACCAGAUCCCGUUUCCCGAGGGCAUCACGCCGUGGAAGCAGGCCGUCGCCGAGGAGGACCAGUGGACAAACUUUGUCAAGCGCGCGCAGGAGCGCGGUCUCGACCUCGGCCGUUCUGGCCGUGCCGUCGACAGCUACAUCAAGGAGCGCACGCAGUCGCCUGUCACGAUUGCCAUUGCGCGGCACCAGACCGCCGGUCCGCCCCAUGACUCCACCCGCGCCGUGUGGCUCAAGGCCCGGCUCGGUCCCGGAGAGCACCUCGACAGCAACACGAUCAAGGUCAUGUUCGGUUUCAUGACCGACUUCCAGUUCAUCGGCACUGCGGGCCGUGCCGUGGGACUGUCUGGCACCAGCAAGCCGAGACUCGGCAUGAUGGCCUCGCUCGACCACACGAUGCACUUCUACCCCUUACCCGAGGACUUUGACCCGAGCGAGCCCGUGCUCCACAUGAUGGAGGCGGCUGCCGUCGAUGUCGCCUCUGGGCGUGGAGUUGUCCGCGGCACGCUGUACAGCCACAAGGGCGACCUCCUGGCCACGACGCUGCAGGAGGGAGUCGUCCGCGCCGACUUUACGGGCAAGCAAAGGCCGACGAGCGAGCGCAGGAGGAACAACGGAGGUGGCGACGACAAGGCCAAGCUCUAA